AGCGCCCCGGCCCCGGCCCCGGCCCCGCCGGCCGCCUCGCCCUCGGGACUAACUCGCCCAUGGAGAGAUGGUCUUAGCUGAAUUAUUUAAAGACACUUAAGCACAGAUUUUCCCCUGGCAGUCAGACCGAUUUCUCAAUGGAGCCCCGGAUUCCUCACAACAUCACCGUUGUCCCCAACUCUGUGAUGGUGCAGCCCUUGCUGGACAGUCGGAUCCCCUACGGGCGGCUGCAGCACCCGCUCACCAUCCUGCCCAUCGACCAGAUGAAGACCACGCACAUGGAGAACGACUACACCGACAACCCCAGUGCCUCCCAGCCGCCGGCGCAGAAGCGCCCCCGAGCCCCCCAUGAACCGGGCUUGACCGGCCAGCACCCGCAGCGCUGCGAGCAGGACGUCACCCACCCCUGGAUCUCCUUCAGCGGGCGCCCCAGCUCCAUCAGCAGCAGCAGCAGCACGUCCUCAGACCAAAGGCUGCUGGACCACAUGGCCCCGGUGCCCGUGGCGGAGCAGUCGUCCCCCCGCGCCGUCCGCAUCCAGCCCAAGGCCAUCAACUGCAAACCCCUGGACCUGAAGGGCCCCGCGUCUCAGGAGCUGGACAAGCACUUCCUGCUGUGCGAGGCCUGCGGGAAAUGCAAGUGCAAGGAGUGCGCCCUGCCCCGGACUCUGCCGUCGUGCUGGGUGUGCAACCAGGAGUGCCUCUGCUCGGCGCAGAACCUGGUCAACUACUCCACCUGCAUGUGCCUGGUCAAGGGCGUCUUCUACCACUGCACCAACGAGGACGACGAGGGCACGUGCGCCGACCACCCCUGCUCCUGCUCCCACUCCAACUGCUGCGCCCGCUGGUCCUUCAUGAGCGCCCUGUCCCUGGUGCUGCCCUGCCUGCUCUGCUACCUGCCGGCCACCGGCUGCGUCAAGCUGUCCCAGAGAUGCUACGACCAAGUGAGCCGGCCCGGAUGCAGAUGCAAAAACACAAACAGUGUCAUUUGCAAGGCGCUGCCCGAGAGCAAAGGGGCGGAAAAGCCCUUUUAAUGGCUCGGGAGGACGGAGCUGGGAGGAUGCUCCACGGAGCAGGGUGGCGUUGGCUCUUUUUAAUAACCUGUGUUCUGAGGAGAGCGUUAGCCUCUUGCCUUCGGAGAAAGCGGAAGCAGCUCUUUCCACAAACUGAAGCACUUUGGGUUAUUCAGGGUUUUUGGAACUGGUCGCAGUUUAAAGAGAUGGGGCCAAAGGAGGAAUGUUAAUAAUGCACAGUGAAGGCUGCAAACCCACGUACAUCAUCAAGUACAGCUGCUGAAAAACCCCCGUCUUGGACGGACGGCUGCUCACCAGGCCUGCACACCACAGGAACCAUUAACUGCUCGCCUGGCAGGCACCGCCUCACAACCCAUCCCCGUUCCCAGCUGCAAAAAGCUGCUUUGAAUUCGGAUUCAGGGCGGGCUACUUGUUUCCUGCCUCCUUCCAAACCCCGGCUCUCUCCCAGCGGCCUGUUGAAGGUGAUGGGGGAACUCCCUCCACCCUGCUUCCCUCCUAGACACCACUCCAAGGGCUGGUUGCACACAAAGUACGUGUUUCUCAAAAGCUUUCCGAGUCCCUCAAACAUUUUUGGACCAGAAGAGAAGCUACAUUUCAUUUGUUGAAGGGUCUCUUGCCCUUUGGGCACAUCCCACCCGGCCCCAUGUGUUUGGACCCUCUUUCUAAAGCAAGACAGCAGCAGGGCUGCUCCUCCCAGGAGGAAUGGCAGCGGGAUGUGUUCAGGCAGUUGUACCAACAGUGUGUCCUCCUGCCUGCAGGCUGAUCCACAGCACCGGGUUUCACUCAAUGGAAUAUGAAUUUUCCACCAACAGAGCAGCCCCGCUCCCGGAGGAUGGUGGCCGACCCCGAGUCCCCCGGCCCGGCUCGCUCCCCGAUGCCGGAGCCAAGGGGAUGUAACUCAAACCAUGAAGCGAACACGGGCGGGGUUUGUUUCCCUAAACCUCUUAAGCUCUGGUAAGAAGUCACACAAACCUAAGUGUACGAUGCACAUAGAUGUAUUUUUCUAGGGAUCUCAAUCCAGUACCUCCCCCCUCCUGGAACAAGCUCUUCUUUGCUCAUUAAAUAUUAAGAUUUGUUUUUGUCUUGGGCGGGGGGGGGUGAAUGGCAUCCUCUUGAAGUACAGCACAUUCCCCCACCCCUGUUGCUGCUGUUUGACUUUUGCCUCUUCUGUACAAAAAGUGUCUUUUUAAAUGUAAAGAAUGCUUUUAGUGUUUAUUUUAGUGUUAACACACACCAGGGAAAGCCAGGGGAAGGAAGAGAGCGUAGUGAACGAAUGGGCCCGUGGUUUUCAGCACGCAAACAUCGGCUCUGUCCGUGCACUCAUCCUAGGGCUGGGUCUACCUUCCCCAAGGAUGCUGCAACCCCUCUCUCUCAACAGCUACAAGGUGCUAAACAAGAAUCUUGGUCCAAACAUGCAACACUCUAAUGAGUAGGUAGGUACUUGUUGCAUGCAGAAAACUGACCUAGUCUCUCUUGGUGUUUUUAAUUAGAGGAGAUUUCCUCAGUAAAUGCACAGCAGUGACAGUGAAAUGUCAUCUCUAAUUAGAUAAGCAAUAGGCAGAGCUCAUGUAGCAUUUCCAGGAAUCCCGUUAGCCUGGCUGCCAGGGGUUAGCAGGAGGGUCCUGGUGGGACUCUGGUGUCUUUGGGUUUCAGGAUUCAGCUCAGCUGGAUGACCUGGGGUUUAGCUCAACUGAAUUGUAGAUAUUUAUUGAAUGGGGGAGCUGAAAAAAAUAAAAACCCAACAAACUUUUCUAUUUAUAACAGCUUCUAGCUUGUACAUGCUGAAUCAUAGAAAAAAGGAUGUCACGUCUGUUACAUACCAGUUCCUGUAGGGUAGCCUCACAUUAACUCUAUGUGGGCACCAGGAAGCAGGUGGGGAUCCAGAGCUGUAUUUAUUAUCUUGCACAAAUUGGAGAGGAAAAGACAAAAGGAAAACCAACCCCAAACUAGCUGAACUGUUGGUUGAAUGUAUAAGAUACCGUAUUUAAUAAGAGAAACCAUUUUCCUAAGAUACAAACCAAGCUAGAAGAGGCAGCAGGAGAGGCAUCUACCUGCUGCCCUCCUCUGUUGGGACCACACUCGUCCAAAUGGCCUCCACCCACGGCUGCUUUGCCUUUUUGACCCUCUGUCCCUGGGGAACCUGUGCUGAAAAUGCGCCCACGGCUCGGCUGCACGGUCCCUGUGAGCAAAGGCCCUGCUGGAAUGGUGGCCACCGUGCCAAUCUACACUCAUGUACAUACUCCCAGCCGGAUUUCCUCUCAUUGUACAUAGCUGUAAACUAUUUCUCUGUUGGUUUGUUUUGAUAUCUAAGCCCCGUAAGCCGGUGAUGCCGUGCUGGAGCCCGUCAAGCCUCGUGCACGUGUUAGAGCAGCGGUCAGCGUAGCAGAGUGACCGUCCCUCCUCCCCUCACGGCCGCUGGACUCUGCUCCAGCAGCUCCCAGCCCAGGGCAGGAAGGUGCUGGGCCCUGCCUGGAGCUGGGAAAGGGCCAGGCUUGGCCCGAGCCAGGGCUGUGCCAGAGGGAACAGCUCCCGUCAGUAACAUCGGUAUUCCCACUCCUCUCAUCCCAACAAUUCCAUCCCCCCGUUCCCCUUGAAGGUACUUGGGUCUCCUGCCACCACCAUGGGGUGUGUCCCCGUGUCACAGCCCUACAGCUCUGCUCCCCCUGCUAACGAAGGGACAGCUGCUAACGAGCACCAGCCUCCCCAGCCGAGAUGCUCACGGAGGCAGGAGGGCAGGGCAGCUGCCCCCAGGACAGGUGCCGUGCUCUGGAGGAGGAGGAGGAUGGUUAAUUGCACCUGCACUGCUAAUUGCUGCAGCAGGUUCCUGCCAGGGUUUGUCCCUGCCCUCACACCGCGGCCCAGACAGCACGAAGGGGGGACCCGAGGGUGCUGGCAAUGCCACACGCCAUUCCCAGCGGGAGCAGAGCAGCCCCAACACACAAACACCCCCUGACCACAGCCCUGUGCCCACGGGGGCCAGGGGCAGAGCCCAGAGCUGGUGCUCCCUGGGCACCCUGAUGAGCCCUCACCCUUCCCAGCACUGGGUAUUCCUUUCCCCUCCCCACGCUCAGAAAUGUUUCCCCCACCUCCUCUUACCAGCCCCUCACAUGUACACCCUGAAAAGUUACCA